GCUUUGGCAUUACUACACAAUUUUAGGGGUAGAUCAACUUGUACGGUUUAGCAGUUAGGACCGUGAUUUGCAAUAUUUGCAGAGCCUCAACGUUUCAAGAACAUUCCAGUGACUAGUUUCGAAUGGUAUAUAAACCUGCCGCCGCUCAGCUGCACUUGUAUACACAAUCGAACGCCCAAACAACUACGACGCAGUAGUCCACAGAGCUCCAAAAUUUUUUUAAUUGUCUGUCACAUAAAUUCACUACAACAAGUUAAAAAAGAAAUAAAACUACAGAAUCAAUAAAAUUCAACGAAACUAAAGAGAAUAUUGCGAAAAUGCCUGAGAAGUUGCUGAAAAUCACCUACCAGGGCGCCGCAGUUGCUGGACCCCAAAAGAAAAUAAAUGCAUAUUUACGUAUGCCCUCCCAGAAUUACACCAUAUUGCGUCGCGAAAUCGAGCUGUAUCUUUUCGUGGAACGUCAGCUGCCCAAAUGCGAUAUCAGGACCUUCUGGAUCGAUACCGACAACGAUGAAAUCGAAAUUGUCAAUCAAAACGACUAUGAAAUUUUCCUGGCCAAGUGCGAGGCCAAUAUGCAUGUGCAGGUGGCUCCAUUGGUGACCGUUGAGGAGGAGCCGAAGGUCUCCAAGCAGCAGGAAUCCUCGACCAACGCUGGUGCUCCAUCCGUCGACGAUCCGAGCAAUUUCACCAUCCACGACUCCGUGGAGUGCGAUGGCUGCGGCUUGGCCCCAAUAGUUGGCUUCCGCUACAAGUGCAUCCAGUGCAGCAACUAUGAUCUUUGCCAGAAAUGCGAGGCGGCCCACAAGCAUCCCGAGCACAUGAUGAUCCGCAUGCCGACCAACAAUGGACCCACUAUGGUGGAUGCCUGGCUUACCGGGCCGAAUCCAUGGGGCGCACGCCGUUGUGGCCGCCGCUCCAGGGGUCAUUGCCCCUUCCAGGAGACCACCCAGUCCGCUCCGGCUCCCGAUUCCUCCAGGGAAAGUCGCCGCGAGCGUCGUCACGCCCGUCGCCACGGCAGUGUUUUGUCCCAGUUCGUGGAGAUGAUGACCAAUUUGCCGCUGAACGAGACAACGGCCACCGCGCCGACUGAACCGGAGAAGCCCAAGGCUGCAGAGCCAUCACCAAGUGCUCCCCAAGCUGAGCCCACUGUUACCGCUCAAAAGGCAGCCGAAACUGAGGCCAAGCCAACUGAACCGAAGAAGAUUAACAUUCCGCCAACUUCAACUCCUCCCACCGAGGAUCCAGUUACUGCUACACGCUCCUCGGAGCCCACUACUCCAGUGAUCAACCUGGAGAGUCUCUCCCAGAUGGUGCCACCCGAAUACAUGCGCGCUGGCAUCGAGAUUCUAAACAAUUUCAGCGAAAUGUUUGCCAAGAUGAUCGAUCCCACUGAGGCGGGUGAUUCGGGAAUUUUUGCUCCCCCAAUGACUCCCAGUAGCGAGGCCAAGAAACCAGAGGAAAAGGCCCAAUCCAGUGGCCAGUCAACGGCUUCUUCGGCCAGCCAGUCAGCUGCUCCUUCAGCUGCUCCCUCAGUUGCUCCCUCAGUUGUUCCCUCGGCUAAUCCUUCGAAUGCCCCAUCUGCUAGCCACUCAAAAACUCCCUCGAUUUCUGGAUCUAUUUCUGAUGCUCCCCUUGAGACGGAGCCAUUGAUUCCGAAGCCAACUGAAGCUGCACAAGUGUCGGUGACCAACAACGAGGAGGACAGACGCCGCUCGGACAGCUUGGACCAGGAUUGGCAGGUUAUCGACAACGCUUACUCAGCGAACAACACCAACCUGAUCAAUCUGGAGUCGACCAAUCCCACCGCUGCUCCUGAGCAGCCAGUGCGUGAUUUUGGUCAGCUGGGCGAACUCCUGCGUCAGCACAUCAACGAGGAGGCUCGCGUGGAGCAGGCUACGGCCAACACCCAGACCUCCCAGGUGGAUACGGUCAGUACGGCGACCUCGACCACAUCGGUGGCCACCAGCAGCAUUGGCACCUCACCAGCGGCCCCCGAGGAAAAGCGCAGCGUGCCCGUCUACCACACUGAUGAACGCAUUAAUGCCUCGAUCCAUGCCAUGAUGGCCAUGGGUUUCAGCAACGAGGGCGCCUGGCUCACCCAGCUACUGGAAUCAGUGCAGGGCAAUAUUCCAGCCGCUCUGGACAUUAUGCAUGUCUCGCAGAACCGCAACUAAAUAUGCUUAUGUAAUAACCAUAUAUCUAUUAUGUAUCUUCAAUGUGUAUAGCCCCCAAUGAAAAGGGGAUUUCAUUUUAUCGUAUCAGUUUAGUUUGUAACUUUUUUGUUUUUCUGUGGUGAUUGAUUAAUCUCGUUGCCAAAAAAAAAUAUGAAAAUGUAUGUAUUUUAUGUUUUAAAUAAUCAACAGAAUGUUAUUCAUGUAUAAGUGAAUUUACAAUAAAGGCACAAAGUGAAAAUGA